AAGCGUCACACGACGCGGUGGUGUGGGGCGCAGUGGUGGCGGUGGUCUCGCUGGUGGCGCUCGGCAGCGUGGGGGUGGCCAUACCUCUGGCCCUGAGGGGCGACCUUAGCGCCGACCUCUCACAGAGGAUGCGCACGGCCGAACUGCUGCUCAAAGAGACUCCUCUUAUUGAUGGUCACAACGACCUGCCGUGGAACGUACGCAAGUUCAUGCACAACAAACUGCACGCUUUUAACUUCACUGCAGAGCUGAGCAAAGUGCGCCCCUGGUCCAGGUCCUCUUGGUCACACACCGACCUGCCCAGAAUUAAGAAAGGACACGUGUCGGCUCAGUUUUGGGCCGCCUACGUACCUUGUGGGUCGCAAUUCUUGAACGCUGUUCAGCUCACCAUAGAACAGUUGGACCUCAUCAGAAGAUUGGUGGACCAGUAUCCCGAGCAUCUUCAAAUCGCAGUCUCCGCCGCCGAAGUGGAGACAGCGUUCCGGCAGGGGCGGGUGGCCAGUCUCAUGGGCGUGGAGGGCGGCCACGCCAUACAGAACUCGCUGGGCGUCCUCAGGGCUCUGUACGAACUGGGGGCAAGAUACAUGACACUUACGCACACCUGCAGCACGGCAUGGGCCGAGAGCGCCCGGCCAUCAGAAGCCACACCCAAGGAUCCCUCAGUUCCUGACGGACUCACUAAAUUCGGCAAGACCGUGGUGCGCGAGAUGAACCGCCUGGGCUUGAUGGUGGACUUGAGUCACACGUCGCAGGCGACGAUGCGGGCGGCGCUCGCCGCCUCCAAGGCGCCCAUCAUCUUCAGCCACUCGUCGGUCUACGCCCUCUGCCCCAGCCCCAGGAACGUGCCCGAUGAUGUUAUCCGACAAGUGGCAGCUAACGGCGGCAUCAUCAUGGUGAGCUUCUACUCGCAUUUCCUGACCUGCGGCGAAGAGGCUGAAGUUAGGCACGUCGUCGAACACAUCAACUACAUUCGAGAGGUUGCGGGUGUGGACCACGUCGGCAUCGGAGCUGACUUCGACGGCAUUAACAAAUUGCCCAAAGGCUUAGAAGACGUGUCGACAUAUCCACGCUUGUUCGCCGAACUUCUCGCCGACCCUAAGUGGUCUAUCGAGGACCUCAAGAAACUGGCUGGCUUGAAUAUCUUGAGAGUCAUGAAGGAAGUCGAGCAGGUGAGCGCUGAACUCAGAAGUAAAGGAGUCACUCCGCACGAAGAUGAAUUGCCGGCGUCUCAGAUGCUGAAGCCAAACAAUUGCUCCUAUGUUUUCGUUAAGGAUUAAACUUUCCACAGAAUAUUUAUUUUAUGGUCAAUUUUAAUCCGCAGGCUAUUGCGUGAGGGUGCAUUUUCUGUACCGUUUGUGUGAAUACCGAGAAAACAAAGAACUUCUAUUGCCCAAGUCAUAGAGGCUGGGAAUAAUCUGAAUGGCAAGAUUGCUAUUAAUCUCUUACUGUGUUAAGAAAAGAAUGUGCACAAAAUGUAGCCUAUUUUCUCUAAUUGUUGUCUGAGCUUUUCUUGGCUGUCUUUGUUAGAUGUUCUACGGCACAGCCAAUAUUUAUUACGUUAUACAGUAUUUUGAAUGUGGAAUGUAAAAUAUUUAAACACACGAAAAUAAACGAAAAAUAAAUCGUAACUAGUUAAUUACGGUUCUUGGCAUUGGCUAAUGCCGGAA